AUGUUAAGUAUUUAACCUACUUAGGCAGCUCGUACGUAGACUCAUCCGUCCAUUAAGAUUCUAUCUUUAUUCUUCUUUCUUAUCUGCUUCAAAUCCAACCUGUUAUAUUACCUACAGAUUCUCCCGAAAACUUUCCCGUUAGAGAACUGAUUGCCAAAGCGCCGUCGCCUCCACUUCAUACUCACCGGUAAACAAGCUAAAUUGUUGCUUAUACCUCCGGCGAGUUAUGGCAAUCGCCGACAACAAGUCGGCUUCUGAUGGAAAAGUCUGGGGCCUGUUUAAACUUCCCUUUCGAAGUUCCAAUUCUUCUGCUUCGUCUUCGCAAUAUGCAAGUCAGCAGCAGCAGUACAACACACGCGCCGAUGGAUCGAAUGCAAAUGCGAGUAACAGUUCCAGCUCCGUCUCCUCUGUCGCCAGAUCUCUUCUCCGUACACGACGUCGUCUGAAACUCGAUCCUUCCAAUAAGCUCUAUUUUCCAUAUGAACCUGGUAAACAAGUACGAAGUGCUAUUAGGAUUAAAAACACCAGCAAAUCUCAUGUUGCCUUCAAGUUCCAAACAACUGCACCAAAAAGCUGUUUCAUGCGACCUCCUGGAGCUAUUUUAGCUCCUGGUGAGAGCAUUAUAGCAACAGUAUUCAAGUUCGUAGAGCAACCUGAAAACAAUGAAAAACCUACUGAUCAGAGGAACAGGGUGAAGUUUAAAAUCAUGAGCCUAAAGGUGAAGGAACCCAUGGAUUACGUACCUGAGCUGUUUGAUGAGCAGAAGGAUCAAGUGGCUGUGGAGCAGAUACUGCGGGUCGUUUUUCUAGAUGUAGAACGUCCAAGUCCUGCACUAGAAAAACUGAAACGCCAGUUGGCAGAGGCAGAGGCUGCGCUUGAGGCUCGCAAGAAGCCUCCAGAAGACACAGGUCCAAAGAUUAUAGGUGAAGGACUGGUUAUUGAUGAAUGGAAAGAGCGAAGAGAAAGAUACCUUGCUCGACAGCAAGUUGAAGGGGUAGACUCUUUGUAAAUUAUGAAGUGUGUAUCUGGUUUUACUAUGUUAAAGCAUCCUGUAUUUGCCGUGACUGGUUUGAAGAUAUCAGUGGACAGUCAAAUGUAAAAAAUGCUAGUGUGCAGUCCUGUAACUUGAGGCGCUACAACAUUUGGUUCUUGUGGAUAGCGUGGUUUGUUUUGUAGAAGGCCGAAAAUGCCUAUCCAGCCGAAUGUAAUCCAAACCUCAGAGAAUCAAAUUCUCUUGGGUUAAGGCAUGAGUUGCAAAUUUUAUGAAUGAAUUUAUGGUUUUCAAUUAUUGAGACUA